AUGCGGAAGGGCAGGUUGCUUUCCCACAUACUGUCGCUCCGGCAUAGCCACAACCUGCGCGCGGUUAAAGUUCUGUUGGUUUCCGUGUUUCUCUGGCUCAUUGCCUUUGGAUAUUGUCAACAGCGGUUCUGGAGGGAGCCGCACUCUGCGUUCUUUCGAGACAGCCACGUCUAUGACCUCAAAUACAGUCUUUAUCGGGAGCGCGAAGCUCGACACUUUAUCUCCCGCUACAACGCGCCGACGGAUCCGCCGGAAGCAGUGAAGAGUGCCUCAGACCCUACGUUCUGCGUUGCUAUUGUAACGGUCAGGCGGCCCUCGGACGACUACUUCGAUCCCUCCAUCGGGUCUCUCCUCGCGGGGCUGGACCCCCGAGAACGACGCUCCCUUCGAUUGAACAUCCUCUUCACGGACACCGAACCUACGAGACAUCCUGGCUGGGGCCAAAAAUGGGUGGAACGGCUUGCGGAUGAAGUGAGCACCUAUAAUGUCUCCAGUGAUCAGCUGCAGAGUUUACGACAAUGGGAGAAAGAGCGAGAUUUCCAUAUUAAAGGGGUAUUCGGAUUAAGCGAUUAUAUAUAUGCUUUGAAGAGCUGCGAAGCUUCGAACGCCCCCUACAUCGCGAUAUUUGAAGAUGAUAUUAUCGUCGCCGACGGAUGGCUAGCCAAAACACUGAAAGGGCUGAACGAUAUUGACCGCGUCUUCCCUGCUAAACAGCCCUGGCUCUACCUCCGCCUCUUCUAUACCGAAACCGCACUGAGCUGGUCAUCGUCCGAUUUUGCAUACAGAAACAUGCCACUCAUUUUUGGCAUGGUCAUACUCUUUGUUUUUACCGGUCUGACCCUCGCGCGCCGUGUCGGCCCUUGUCAUUCCCACCUAGAUAAUGCUACGAUAGGUGUUUUAAGUGCGGUUUGUGCCCCUGCGUUUCUCGCUCUUAUAUACAUGACCGGAAAAUACUCUCUGGCGCCUCUUCGCGGAGUCGUGGACAUUGGUCGGUCUGGCUGCUGUACCCAGGGCUUGGUAUUCCCGAGACAGCAGGUACCGGGAGUUGUGGAGUAUCUACGGCAGGAAAAGAGGGGCCAAACCGAUACCAUGAUCGAGAACUACGCAGAAAAAACUGGGCUCAAGAGAUACGCUCUUGCUCCUCAACAGCUUCAACAUGUUGGGCUGCAGUCCAGCCGGGAUAAUACCGAAGUCAACACGCAGAGCAACUGGGCAUUCUACUUCGAGGAGAAUGAUCCCAAUGUCUUGAAGAAAGAGCAUUCAGAUCUUCUAAAUGAUCAAGAGAUAAAGUCACUUCUCGAUAAAUAUAGCUAA